AUGACUGAUGAUCUUUAUAAAAUAAUUCAAAAACCACGCGAAUCACUUAGGGAUUUUAUAACUAGGCUUACGAAAGAGUCUCUUAAUAUUCCUAAACUAGAUAUGCUAACUGCUAUUCAAGUUUGGCAGAGAGGUCUUCAUAAGGGAUCUAAAUUCCAGGAAGAUCUUAUAAUGACACCAUGCAGGAAUUUAGAUGAGGCAAAAGCAAGGGCUGCAAGAUUCAUAAGGCUCGAAGAAAAUGAGCUUACCACUUCAAAAUUGGAUGCCUUAUCUUAUGAUCGUCCAAAGCAAAAAGCGGAGACCCUAGUGUUCAAACCAAGACACAAACCCUACACAAGGCAUGUGGAUAAUCAGGUCAAUGCUGUCAAGGAAGAUGAUGGGGUCGAAUAUCCUACUCUGGCAUCAUAUUGCUUUUCAGUAGGAACACCUGGCAUUAUAAUGGCGCUUCGAGAUCUUGGAGACAAAGUGAGAUGGUCCCAAAAGAAAAACGACGCAUAUUACAAGAAGAAAGAUCCUAGCCAAUGGUGUACUUAUCAUGAAGACUUUGGACACCUCACUGAAGAUUGCAAAAUGCUGAGAAGAGAAAUAUCCACCUUACUAGCUAAGGGAUAUUUAACAGAAUUACUUGGAAGAAAGAAGGCCAAAAAUGUUUGA